AAACAGAAGGGAUGUUGAAGCAUUCAAAACAGGCAGUGAAAUGUUAGAUAGUGGUAGGUACCUUCGCGGUUCGUGUCACUUAAACUCCGGUUCUUUGCCCAAGUAAACAAUCGAAUGGAUGCAACGGCGGAACUGGGAAUAUCAAUAAUAUGGCCGGACGAUUAUUGUCCAGAGUGUGACAAUAUAGUAGCGCGAGCUCCACUGAACCAUCGGUCCCUUCUUGUGAGGAAUGCCCAACAGCCAUUAUCUCUACUCGCGAUUACGAAGAAACACCAAGAGAAUCAGGCUUCCCACGACAUGAGGAGCUGUUUCUGGGAUCUAACUACAUGGAAUCCAAGUGCACCGGAUCAAGGUACGACGACAACUCGAGUCCCAUAUGCAAGGAGGACCUUUUCGAAUAUGAUCACAGUCACACUGAACCCAGUUUCCAGAACCACGUUCCUCUCUGGACUCAGAAAAAUGAUCGAGGGCUAGUUCCCUCAGACUACAGCGUUUCUAGCUUUACGUCCACCCACAAGACUAAUAAACCUGUGGUCUUCCCCUGGAUGAAGAAGGUGCGCGCUAACGCUGUUGACCCCGGUUACUCUGGAGGAGAUAACAAGAGGUUCCGCACAGCAUACACAAGAAAAGAACUUCUAGAGCUUGAGAAGGAGUUCCAUUUUAAUCGUUAUUUGACAAGAUGUCGACGUGUGGAGAUAGCACACGCAUUGCGCUUGUCUGAACGACAGAUCAAGAUUUGGUUUCAGAACAGGAGAAUGAAAUGGAAGAGAGAUAACAAACUCCCGAACACCAAGGAUUGCUCUGCCAAGCCAUUCCCUGGAACCCAGAACAUCAAAUCAGCCUCACAGUGCAAGCAAAAGCAAAAACAAGUUGUUUCAUCUCCCCGUGCUGCAAGACUAUUAUGA